AGUCAGGCAUAGCCUGUACUCCAGCUUAGUGUCCAGUCAGGAGCAGACGCCCCAGCCGCUGUCCCGCUCCCUCCUUGCUUUCUUUUUUACCCCCAAUUUGGACGUUUUGUUGGUGCAGAACAGACAAUAAGCAGCCAUGGACGCCAUCAAGAAGAAGAUGCAGAUGCUCAAGCUCGACAAGGAGAAUGCCUUGGACAGAGCUGAGCAGGCUGAGGGAGACAAGAAAGCGGCAGAGGACAGAAGCAAGCAGCUGGAGGACGAUUUGGUAGCUCUGCAGAAGAAGCUGAAGGGAACUGAGGAUGAGUUGGACAAGUACUCCGAGGCUCUUAAGGACGCCCAGGAGAAGCUUGAGCUGGCUGAGAAGAAAGCCGCUGAUGCGAGUCCCGAUGUCGCCUCCCUUAACAGACGCAUCCAGCUGGUUGAGGAGGAGUUGGAUCGCGCUCAGGAGCGUCUGGCCACGGCCCUGACCAAGCUGGAGGAGGCUGAGAAGGCCGCUGAUGAGAGCGAGAGAGGCAUGAAGGUCAUUGAGAACAGGGCCAUGAAGGACGAGGAGAAGAUGGAGCUGCAGGAGAUCCAGCUGAAAGAGGCCAAGCACAUUGCUGAGGAGGCUGACCGCAAAUAUGAGGAGGUCGCCCGUAAGCUGGUCAUCAUUGAGGGUGAUCUUGAGCGUGCAGAGGAGCGCGCUGAGCUGAACGAGGGCAAAUGCUCUGAGCUUGAGGAAGAGUUGAAAACUGUGACCAACAACCUGAAGUCACUGGAGGCCCAGGCUGAGAAGUACUCACAGAAGGAGGACAAAUACGAGGAGGAGAUCAAGGUCCUCACCGACAAGCUGAAGGAGGCUGAGACUCGUGCUGAGUUUGCUGAGAGAUCAGUAGCCAAGCUUGAGAAGACCAUUGAUGACUUGGAAGAUCGCCUCCACCAUCAACUUCAGAAAAACCGCCUUCUCACUAACGAACUGCGCUUGGCCUUGAACGAUGACUAAACUGUGCGGAUGUCUCACUUGUGUGUUACGGUUUAAUGUGUGCGUGACAAUCUCAUCCAGAGCCAGAUCCAAAGUUCUUCUGUUGGCGUCGUAUGAUGCUCGCACUGCUUGAAAACUGUGUUGCUGUUUGUGGAAAUGUAAUCGAAGUUUGGUGAAAAUCAGGGACUCAAAUAUAUAAUGUAUUGUCUUUAUUAUCUAAUACAAUAAUCUAUUUUUUAUGGAUUUUUUUGUUGUUAACUGUUUGCAUGGGGGCUUGCACAUCCUAAAACAAGCCGUUUACUCAUUAUGUGUUUCUCUUGUUCUGUGUCCUCGAAGUGGAGGUUUAGAUGUGUUUGGUUAUGUAACCUCCUUGAUUAUUAAUGCAAGCUAACCAAUAACUACUGCUUGAUUGUGUGAGAUUAUAACUUCUCCAUUUGAUGUUCUAACAGAAAAACUGUCACAAGCUAAGGAAGAGAACCUCGAUAUGCACCAGAUGCUGGACCAGACUCUAAUGGAACUGAAUAAUUUGUGAAAGCACGGUCCGACCCCACAUGCACUUGUGGUUUUGGCUUUUUGUACAUGCACCUUGCUAACCAUGAACCUCUCUCCUCACACCUUGCCGAUGGUAGAGAUGAAACGGCUAAAUGCAUUUGUUAUUUCACCGUCCUGCCUUCAGCGGAAGUUGACCAAGGAGCAAAGCUAAGGGGAAGUAAAGCUUAACUAUUCCCUUUGAUGAGGCCUCAACGGCUAUUUUUUCGCAAGCCAGUUUUUAAUCUUGUAAUGAUGUCCGCCUUUUGCAAUCCUUGAGAAGAGCUUGGUGGUAACAUUUGUAAAUUGGUUUUCUAUUAAAAUGAAGCUAAUCUGGUCCAUUCCAUGCUACCUAGAUUAUGCACAUACAUAUAGACAAAGUGUAGAAAUGUUGCACAUAAAUUCUGUAAAACAUAUUUACAUGCCCUCCUCCCAGAAACUUUCUUAACACGUGUUGGUGUAAAUUGGCUCUGCCUGUCAUCAUUUAAACUGGUGCUACUGUAUUGUUAAGCAAUGCAUUACAGUAUAUUCUGAUCCUUUAAAACCAUGGUUCAACAUUUCUCCAUCUUGUCUAUGAAGUAGGAUUUCAUUCAUCUGGUUGUGCAUUGUAUUAAUGUAGAUGUGUCAUGUCAUUAUCAUAUCUGACAUUUAUAAAUCAUGAAAAUAAAAAGGCACGUUUUGAAAGUUUU